UCGAAUGCAUCGCACAGUCUUGCCUCGGCAGUCGGCGAAUUGCGGCCACUUCGCGUAUGUUUGGUACGGCGAUCGCAGUUGUAUAGUGUGACGGAACCGCGAAAACCACCGUAUGUGGUAUGUGGAUUCGAUCAAAACUGGGUGAUGUUAUCAACAAUACGAAUGGUUUGUUUGGCUACGCAUCAGGGAGCGUCAAAAAUGCAUGUCGCCUACUUCGGUAGUAUUGUGGCGGUCUCGGUCAACGAAUGAAGCUCUACAGACAGUCGUUGUCACGUGUGUGAGAAUUUGAAUUAUUGGCUGACAGGAGAUUGUGAAUUGCAAAUGGAAACCAUGUGGAGCUAAUGAGUCGGAAUAAGAUUGAUAAAUGUGGAUCAAACAUUGAACUUGCAUGCCUGGGUUGUUAUUUGAGUUGUGAUACAUAAUUAUCAAUCGCGUUCUGGUGUUAAACUGUGUGGGAAAAAAGGACUGUUUGAAAAAACACAUUGUACUCGACUCAAUCUAUCGACGGAAGCUGGAGAACCGAUUUCUGGAAUUACAACAAAUAUUAUCGCAUGUAAAUUUGUGUCAUAGUAUAUCUGUAUGAAAACAAUCCUUAUUAUACUGCAACCAAACAACAACAAAAAUGGUUCACGCCAAAAUAGCAAAAGAAAACGAAAGGUCAUUGGAAAUGGCGCCCAGCCGUCCGACUACAGCGGCGAAGCCUGAACUCGUUGACCGGUCUAUUUCCACAACUGCGAGCUUACUGGUGCGUAAUACUAGCGAGACAGAAAUCGAUGGCGGCCGGGGUAGUCGCGGUCUGCAAAAGUACGAUCUGCACAAAGGCAUCGCCGAGAGUGCCAUGGAUAUUUCCCUGCUGACGGCCAAUGCCAAUCAACUGCGAUUGCUGAUAACCUACAACGGCCGAUCGAAGACGUUCAUUGCGUGCAUUACGCUGGUAAUUAUUUCACUGGUGCUGCAAAUACUGGUGGCUAGCGGAGUUAUCAUUAUUAAGAGUCAACCAAAAUCAAAACGUAGUCCACCAAUGGAACGGUUGAAGAUCAUAACAGCAAUAGGCGUGACAAUCAUCACAGUGAUCAACAUACUGGUGGCUUCGUUAGUAGUAACCAACGGACCUGGUGGAACAGGGGAGCCAUAAAAAUCAUAUAAAAUGCUCAUAUCGGCAACGAGGAUAUGCUACUUACAUAUAGUUCAAUAAAUUCCGCCAUUUGCUCUAUUUAUACAUAUGUGUUUGAUUCCAUCGUGCAUUAAGGUUACUUCCGCAUGGUCAAUGAUGAACAACAACACCGCUAUCGAUUCGAACCCGUGCAGGUAAAUAGUUAGAACUGAUUAAUCAAAACACAGUCUCCCUUUAAUCAGACAAGAUGCAGAAACAACAAAGCAGUAGUAUAGUUCCUGAGAGCAAACCCUCGUCAACCGAUAUUCCCGUCACUCCGACUGGUGGAUUACUUUACGAGUCAGCAUCGGAAUAUAACCUGGCAUUUAGUUACAGCAACUACGAUCUCUAUCGCAGUAUAGUUGAGAUCACUUUGAACGUAUCGUUUUUGGCUGCCACCAGCAAUCAGUUGCGGCUUUUGGUGAGCUUUCGUGAGGCGCAGAGUUUCGUAGCCAGUACGGUGCUGGUGGUGAUUUCGCUGGUAAUGCAAGUUCUAAUUGGAAUCAAUGUCGUGACAAUUGCCCUCAAUGAUCAGCACCGUUGGUUGGGACUAAAAGCUUUCACAUCGGUUGGUGGUAUUCUACUUACUGUGAUCAAUAUUCUUAUUCCAUUCAUCACCAAUGCAGAACAUUCUAAUGUAGAUUAUUCUAAAAUAUAUGCCAACUUUGGCAAUAGGAACCCUUAA